CUGAAACGCCAUGUUACGCUACUUUUGAGCAAAAAGUUUUAAAAGUUUACUUUUCAGGUGGACGAAUUUUAGCUGAAAAUUGAUGAAAUCUGAAAAAGUGUGUCAAUAAUCGUUUACUUGUUAUUUGAAAGUACUGGUGUAUUUGACUGACGGUCUAAUGUGAGGUGAUCAGACGACAUCAAAACUUGUUGGGAAUUUAGGCCUGAAUUUUGUCAAAACACUUGCCGUUGGCACUCGAUAAGCUACUCUUGACUUUACUAGGGGAUCAAAAUAGGUUAUUGCUAGGCCUGGGCCUAGUCUAGGUCUAGCUGUGAUUAGAAAAACGGACUAAACUAGUGUGAACGGGAAGCCAAAUAGCAGCUACGAUGGCGAUACAGACAGGAACAUACCAUAAUAGACUCUGAUUGUAAAGUAAGAACGUUUUGGUACUGUACUGAUUAAGAAAAUAUCGAGGCAAGAAACAAGUGGAUUUUAUUUAUCAAUACUAGGCCUACAAUAAUGGCGUUGGAUCGUGCAAAGCAUGCUGAAACACCACUGCUUAGUUGCAGUAAAACCAGAGGGUUGCCAGGGAUACCUCCGCUGCCACCAGAGGGUGCCAAAGAUCCUUCAGAUCUCUAUCAGAUUGUAUUACGUAAUAGUGAGCAUCCGCCAAUAAUGAGAGGGAAGUCGUGGACAUUAGCUUCUCCUUUCAAAGAACAGAAGUACCACCGUACCCCCAGUGAAUCAAUCGCUAACAAUUACACACCGUCUGCGAAUAAUCUGAAAAUAAGAUCGCUGCCGAAGAUCAGUUUAGCACGGUCCUGCACUCAGCCAUCCAUGACCAAGAAACGGAGCCAUUCACGUAUCCUUCGCAAUUUCUGA